GGAGGAAGUUGAGGGCCGUGCGGUUCCAGAGCUGCCACCUGCAGGUGCGUCCCCAGCCAAUCAGCGGCACCGGGGGCGGUGCCUGCGGGCUCACCUGGCGGCCGCAGCCUCUGCCCUGCUCACUGGUGUGGGAGCCGCGGCGCACUCUCGAGUUCCCAGGAACUUAACUUCUGCUCGACUCCAGCCCGGCCUAACCCGGCCUUGCCCGACCGCACCCGAGCUCUGCGUUUGCUCGGCGUCCGCCCGGCCAGCCAUGGGAGCCGGGUGCCGCAGCUUCUCCGCGCUCCUGCUCCUGCUGCAGGUCUCCUCGUGGCUUUGUCAGAAGUCUGAGCCUGAGCCUGAGCCCUGCCGUCCCGGCUUCAGUUCCGAGGUCUACUCCUUCCUGGUGCCGGAGAGGCACCUGGAAAGGGGCCACUUCCUGGGCAAAGUGAGAUUUGAAGGAUGCACUGGCCGGCCAAGGACAGCCUUCUUGUCGGAAGACUCCAGAUUCAAAGUGGCGACAGACGGUACCAUCACAGUCAAGAGGCAUCUGAAGCUUCAUAAACUGGAGACCAGUUUUCUUGUCCACGCCUGGGACUCCAGCCACAGGAAGCUUUCUACCAAAGUGACGCUGAAGUCUGUGGGGCACCACCACCACCGGCACCACCACCGAGACCCUGUCUCUGAAUCCAAGCCAGAACUGAUCACAUUUCCCAGCACUCACCAGGGUCUCAGAAGACAGAAACGAGACUGGGUCAUCCCUCCCAUCAGCUGCCCCGAAAAUGAAAAGGGCGAGUUCCCAAAGAACCUGGUUCAGAUCAAAUCCAACAGGGAUAAAGAAACAAAGGUUUUCUACAGCAUCACAGGCCAAGGAGCUGACAAACCCCCGGUUGGCGUUUUCAUCAUUGAGAGGGAGACAGGCUGGCUGAAAGUGACGCAGCCUCUCGAUAGAGAAGCCAUUGCCAAGUACAUUCUCUUUUCUCAUGCUGUGUCAUCAAAUGGAGAUGCAGUGGAGGAUCCCAUGGAGAUUGUGAUCACAGUGACAGAUCAGAAUGACAACAGGCCAGAGUUCAUCCAGGAGGUCUUUAAGGGAUCCGUUGCAGAAGGCGCUCUUCCAGGAACCUCGGUGAUGCAGGUCUCAGCCACCGAUGCAGACGAUGAUGUCAACACCUACAAUGCUGCCAUCGCCUACACCAUCGUCAGCCAAGAUCCUGAGCUGCCUCACAAAAACAUGUUCACUGUCAACAGGGACACCGGGGUCAUCAGUGUGGUCACCUCCGGGCUGGACCGAGAGAGUUACCCUACAUACACUCUGGUGGUUCAGGCUGCUGAUCUUCAAGGAGAAGGCUUAAGUACAACGGCCAAAGCCGUGAUCACUGUCACAGAUAUUAAUGACAACGCUCCUGUCUUCAACCCAAGCACGUACCAGGGUCAAGUGCCUGAGAAUGAGGUCAAUGCCCAUAUCGCCACACUCAAAGUGACUGAUAACGAUGCCCCCCAUACUCCAGCGUGGAAUGCUGUGUACACCAUAAUCAAUGAUCCUCAACAGCAGUUUACUGUCGUCACAGACCCCGAGACCAAUGAUGGCAUUCUGAAAACAGCCAAGGGCUUGGAUUUUGAGGCCAAGCAGCAGUACAUUCUGCACGUGAGAGUGGAGAAUGAAGAACCCUUUGAGGGGUCUCUCGUCCCUUCCACGGCCACUGUCACCGUGGAUGUGAUAGACAUGAAUGAAGCCCCCAUCUUUGUGCCUGUGGAGAAGAGAAUCGAAGUGCCCGAAGACUUUGGUGUGGGUCUGGAAAUCACAUCUUAUACCGCUCAAGAGCCAGACACAUUCAUGGAACAGAAGAUCACGUAUCGGAUUUGGAGGGACACUGCCAACUGGCUAGAGAUUAACCCAGAGACCGGUGCCAUUUUCACGCGGGCUGAGAUGGACAGAGAGGACACGGAACAUGUGAAGAACAGCACGUAUAUAGCCCUCAUCAUCGCCACAGAUGACGGUUCACCCAUUGCCACCGGCACGGGGACUCUUCUCCUGGUCCUGUCAGACAUCAAUGACAACGCUCCCAUCCCAGAACCUCGAAACUUGGAGUUCUGCCAGAGGAAACCACAGCCCCAUGUCAUCACCAUCUUGGAUCCAGACCUCCCCCCCAACACAUCCCCCUUCACUGCUGAGCUAGCCCACGGGGCCAGCGUCAACUGGACCAUUGAGUAUAAUGAUGCAGCACAAGAAUCUCUCCUUUUGCAACCAAGAAAGGAAUUAGAGAUUGGCGAAUACAAAAUCAAUCUCAAGCUAGCGGAUAACCAGAACAAAGACCAGGUGACCACGUUGGACGUCCAUGUGUGUGACUGUGAAGGGACAGUCAACAACUGCAUGAAGGCGGGCUACGUGGAAGCAGGAUUGCAAGUUCCUGCCAUCCUCGGAAUCCUCGGAGGGAUCCUGGCCCUGCUGAUUCUGAUCCUGCUGCUCCUGCUGUUUCUACGGAGGAGAACGGUGGUCAAAGAGCCCCUGCUGCCACCAGAUGAUGAUACCCGGGACAAUGUAUAUUACUAUGAUGAAGAAGGAGGUGGAGAAGAAGACCAGGACUUUGAUUUGAGCCAGCUGCACAGGGGCCUGGAUGCCCGUCCAGAAGUGACUCGAAAUGAUGUGGCUCCCACCCUCAUGAGCGUGCCCCAGUAUCGUCCCCGUCCUGCCAAUCCUGAUGAAAUCGGGAACUUCAUCGAUGAAAACCUGAAGGCAGCUGACAGCGACCCCACGGCACCCCCUUACGACUCUCUGUUGGUGUUCGACUACGAGGGGAGUGGCUCUGAAGCUGCUAGCCUGAGCUCUCUGAACUCCUCUGAGUCGGAUCAGGACCAGGACUAUGAUUAUCUGAACGAGUGGGGCAACCGAUUCAAGAAGCUGGCGGACAUGUAUGGGGGUGGCGAGGAUGACUAGGGGACCAGCGAGUCGCCCCUGUGUGGCACUGUGGGAGAUGCAGAAUAAUGAUGUCAGUGGUCUUUCAGCUCCUUCCCUGAGUUUGUAGAAUCGAGCCUGAUCUGAGAAGUGUGCAUAUUGAUCCCACUCUCCCUACCAGUCUGCCUGUGUUAGUAUGGUUUUCAUUGAUUGUUGAAGUCCUUUUUAUUUUUUAUUUCUACAGUGCUGGGAUACAAACUGUGCCUUUUUUUUUUUUUUUUUUUUUUUUUUUUUUUUUUUUUUUUUUUUUUUUUUUUUUGAGCUAUGUUCUGCUCUAGACACACAGCCCCAAGCCCCUCACCCCUCACUAAUUUUUUACAUUGUGUACUUUCUCUGAAUUACAAUGUUUGCGUCCUGUAGUCUAAUAGCCACUCAUGUUCCUGAAUUCUGUUGCCCUGCUCAGGUGCUACUCUAGGAUGUGGAAAUGCCUGGGCCCUUUAAUGGUGAGAGACAGGUAUCUUGGUGAGGGUGCAGCUGAGCCGGAUGGUGUGCGAUUCCGAGACCUUCCAUGAUGUUCCCUCCUCAUCUCCAGAGAACUCACUUUGCAGUGGCAUUCCUUGUUCUGCUGUGCGUCUGGGGCAGAACAAAAAGAAAAGGGACCGCUAUGCAUGCUGCACAUGUCUCAGAUUCUUAGGCACACACCUGAUUCUUAGGUGCAUGCCAUAGUGGGAUCUGGUGCUUUGAUUUUCUACGCAGUGCUGUGAUCGGAACCUGCAGAGAGGUUUUUGGGCACCGCUUGGUGUCUUGCAUUUCUUUCAAACCAACACUAAAGAGUGGUGUUCUCUGAGAGAGUCUGGAGUCCCACCACCAAAGAUGGAGACAGAAAAGCAGAGAAACCAAACCCAGGGACAGCAAGCAUGUCCGUGAACCUGGCCAGUUGGCACACUCAUGGUGAGGGUACACAGGUGGCUAGGCCUCUUUUCCCACAAAAUUUCUGGAAGAAUAGGGGUAUCUUAGCCAGUGUUUCCCAGCUGGAAUCCUCGUCCAUGUAUUCCUGAAGUCCAGGAAAUACGCCCCUCCAGUGCCUGCUUUUGGUGGUAGCUUCAGAAAAUGCUGGCUGAUUUGAACCCAAGUUGUCCAAUUCUAAGUACGAAUAGAAAACUGAGAAUAUCUGAGUGUGGUGGCGUACGCCUUUAAUCCCAGCACUCAGGAGGCAGAGGCAGUUGGAUCUCCCUGAGUUCGAAGCCGGCCUGGUAUAGUAAGCGAAUUAUAGGACAGCCAGGGCUACACAGAGAAACCCUGUCUCUGAAAACCAAAAAAGAAAACUGAGAAUAUUACAAAUUGUACAUUUUCUCAGGAAGCAGGAAGAAAACAAUUCUAAUGGGGAAAGGAGGCAAGGGCCUGGUGACUUUCCUUUUCAUUCAAAAUGCAAAUCUCAGUCUUUAUAACCACUGGAGAGAAUGCAGUGAUGCAAGUGCUGUACUUACCUAACUUUAGAGGAAAACAAUGACCGCAAUCAACUGUGAGAGCUGUUGAUUUCUCUGUAGUUUAAUUGUGUAAUGUUGAUAGAGUGUCCUUUGUAUGUAGUUUGAGUGUAUAUGUAUGGGUACCGAUAAUUUUGUAUUUUGUGGGGGGUGGAAAAGGUAAACCAUUGAAACUGGUCUCUAAGAUGCAUUUUUAUGAAUUUUAUUAAAGAGUUUUGUUAAACUGU